AUGAUUGACUGCAAGGGGAAGGGCCUGGAGUUUAAGGACUGUGGGCCUGGUGAUUGUUGCAGUAAGUGGCUUGCUUGCAUGAUUGACUGCAAGGGGAAAAGCCUGGAGUUUAAGGACUGUGGGCCUGGUGAUUGUUGUAGUAAGUGGCUUGCUUGCAUGAUUGACUGCAAGGGGAAUAGCCUGGAGUUUAAGGACUAUGGGCCUGGUGAUUGUUGCAGUAAGUGGCUUGUUUGCAUGAUUGACUGCAAGGGGAGGAGCCUGGAGUUUAAGGAAUGUGGGCCUGGUGAUUGUUGCAGUAAGUGGCUUGCUUGCAUGAUUGACUGCAAGGGGAAGGGCCUGGAGUUUAAGGACUGUGGGCCUGGUGAUUGUUGUAGUAAGUGGCUUGCUUGCAUGAUUGACUGUAAGGGGAGGAGCCUGGAGAUUGUUGCAGGGAGGAGCCUGGAGUUUAAGGACUGUGGGCCUGGUGAUUGUUGCAGUAAGUGGCUUGCUUGCAUGAUUGACUGCAAGGGGAGGAGCCUGGAGUUUAAGGAAUGUGGGCCUGGUGAUUGUUGCAGGGAGGAGCCUGGAGAUUGUUGCAGUAAGUGGCUUGCUUGCAUGAUUGACUGCAAGGGGAAGGGCCUGGAGUUUAAGGACUGUGGGCCUGGUGAUUGUUGUAGUAAGUGGUUUGCUUGCAUGAUUGACUGUAAGGGGAAGGGCCUGGUGAUUGUUGUAGUAAGUAGUAAGUGGCUUGCUUGCAUGAUUGACUGCAAGGGCAAGGGCCUGGAGUUUAAGGACUGUGGGCCUGGUGAUUGUUGUAAGGAACGAGUAUGGAGUGCUUGGGGUGAGUGGACAAACUGCACCAAUGACUCAAAACAUCCUACCCACACAAGAUGGAGAGCCUGUGAAGCCGACCAAAUCCACAUUGAUAAACCAAUGUGUCCUCAACCUUGUUUUGGGGGCAAUCAUCAAGUUGAGACUUGCUGCCAUGUAUCUUGGGGUGAGUGGAGCCCAUGGACACAGUGUACGAGCACUAUUGGUUAUAAAGACCCAGAUACAAAUAAAGAUUGUGGCAGUGGUUGCAGAAACAGGAUUAUUUUUUUUAUCCCAUCAUGGACUGCAUGGACACCUUGGGAUGAAUGCCCACAGACCAACAGAGCAGAAGUUCAAAGCAGACAUCGUUGGUGCCAGCUCAGUCGAGGUGAUUUGGGUUCUCCCGCAUGUCAACUUCAUGGCUGUUUCAACAGCAGAAAUAGUUCAGAGGAUCAGCAGACACAGCCUUGCUUAAACACCUGCAAUCCUUGUGUGAAUCCUGCGUGGAACAUCUGGAGCCAGUGGUCACUCUGUGAAUUCCAGUCUGAUGGGACUAUCAGACGAACAAAGAGCCGCACUUGCUAUGCGCCAUCGGACAGUCAACCAAACUGUCAGCAUUUGACAUGUGUUGGACCCGAUAUUGGGAGUGAGCUUUGCAAAUGUGAUACUGGAACCUGGAGUGAUUGGAGUGAAUGGGGAAAUUGUGAAAAACAAGGCUAUGAAACCAUUCAAAGGAAGAAAACAAGACUCUGUUUUGCUGACAGUAAUCCGUCCGACUGCCCAAAAAUAUAUUGCGAUGGAGAUUAUGAGGAAAAGGAAAAUUGUUGUGAAGGGAUAAUCUGGAAAGAAUGGGGCGCCUGGUCUCACUGUCUGUAUGGAUCUCCUCCUUAUCGAACUCGCACUAGAGAGUGCCACGUGCCUGCCAAAAACUUACAGAACCCUAAAUGUCUGAAAACUUGUGAGAAUUGGACGGAGAGAAAGGACUGCACCCUUACAACUUCUAAAUCUUGCACUCAGGGAGAAUGGGAAAACAUAAGAGACCCAUGUGACUGCGCAACCAACAAAAGCAGAAGUUACCAGCUUAGAGUCAAAUCUAGCUAUGAAGACCAGAAUUUACCUCUCUGUUCGCCAACCACCAGAAAUAAUUCUUCCAGAGAUUGUUCAGACCAGUGUGUUGCAGGUUGUAAUGAGACAUGUCAAGGGAAAACUGAUGGAAAAUACCCUUCAUGUAGAAAAGGAUGCAACCAUUAUGUUAUGUGUUGCGAAAAUACCCCUCUAGUAAGCAAAUGUAAUGGAGGACAACAGUAUAACUCAGUGUGCCGAAAAUGUGUAUUAGAAAAUCUGCCACCUGUAACGAUGAUGGCUAUGAUAUCCAUCUCAACGAUGCCCGCAUUGACGAUCCCAAACCUAUCGACCGCUGUAAUUAAUUAAAAUAAAUAUUUUUUUCAUAAAAUAAUUACUUUUCAUCACUAUGUUUAAGGGUUUCAAAAUGUAUCAGUACAAAUGAAAUUGUGCUGAAGUACAUUGUUUUAAGUUUUCCAAAAAAAACAACUUUG